CGGCGGGGGCAACGAGAUGUUGACGAGCAACGAGCGGGCCAAAGGUUUGGCCUCGGCCCGCGUCCGGCGCGGCGAGUACUCCAUGCACUGCGCUCUUGCCGCAAUCGCGCGGCGGAGCCCUCGCAUGCAGGUUUGCGAGUGGCAGCGGCUCCGCGCCGCCGGCCGAGCCGCGGCGCUCCUCGACCUCACUGCGCCCGUCGCCAAGCUCGAUUUGCCGGACGAAGCGGCGCGGCUCGAGUCCCUCCUCGACCUCGCCAGCACGCGCGAGGCGGAGGAGCGAGUGGCGCUGUUGGCAAGGGCGCGGAUCGCCCUGCGCAGUGCUGUCGAGAAGUGGGAGAAGGCGCUGCCGCAGCUCGAAUGCGGCGCGUCCCCUCGCGCGUUCUGCAAGCCAUCGCGUGCAAAGGCGCUCGCGCUCAGGGUGGCAAUCGGGGAUGCCGUGGCCAUCACCAAGUGCCUCGCCGCGCAACGCGCGCUGCCCGCGGCGUGCGAGCUGCCCCGACAGGGCCUCUCCACCUCGCCCUCUCCCUCUCCCGAGAGUUUGGCGGAGGAGGAGCGUCUCCUUGACGAGCUCGAAGAGGCGCUCGCUGAGGCGCGGGCGUCACAGGCGCGAAUGUCGCCCUCCUCGCCGGUGUCGUCCGCCUCUUCCUCCUCGCCGGUGUCGUCCGCCUCUUCCUCCUCGCCGGUGUCGUCCGCCUCUUCCUCCUCGCCGGUGUCGUCCGCCUCUUCCUCCUCGCCGGUGUCGUCCGCCUCUCCCCCCUCGCCGGUGUCGUCCAGCUCUCCUGGCGGGGCAUUGGCGGCGACGGUGGCCCUGGCUGCUCUGCCGGAGAGCCCGACGCGGGAGCCGGAGGCGGACUUCAUCCUCCCAGAAUUCAAGAAGAACCGCGAGCGGCAGAGAAGGCGUGUGGCGCGCCAGCUCUUUGAGCUGCGGGGUGGCACGGGAGAGCCGCCCAAGGCGCUGUGCGAGCCGCUGGCGACAGUGCCAGAGGAGACAGCAGCAAGCCGGACCAAUGCCGGUCCGGACAAGGAGAACGCCGAGGAGAACGCCGAGGAGCGCGCCGCGGCGGCGCCGCGGGUCUCGCUCAUUGGCCGCGUGGAGGGACUCGGAGCCGCGGGCGCCGGAUACCUCGGGGCAUAUGAUCGCGAGCCCGAGCUCAUCAAUGGCCGGGUCGCCUACGCGAUGACAGACGACGCAGACAAGAUGCUGUGGUUUUCCGAUGUGGGGUACUGGCAUGCCGGGCCGCGCGCCAACCUCGGGACCUCCAAUUCGUGGCUUCUCGUCUUCGACAACUCGCCGUUCCCUGAGCGGGUGGCGGCGGAGUGGCAAGCGGGGUCAGCCGACGGCGAGUGGCAAGCAGCUCCAAACGUGCACUGCCUCGCCGGUGCCGGUGCCGGCCUCAUGCACGAGUGCCUUCACAAAGACGUGAUGUACAACCCGUCGCCCCCUGCAGAGCGCCCAAGCCCGUGCGGCGUGACGGACACGCUCUCGCCGGAGCCCGCGACGGGGCCGUCGGCACCGCCCGACGAGGACGACGACCAACUGGCUUUCACUGCCGCUACCGUCAAGCGGGUGAACUCCAUUGGCGAGGAGCUCGGCCUGAAAGGCCUCGGCGUUGCGGCGACAGUCCGCGAGGCGGCGGCCAUGCUCCUUAUCGACGCGGCAGGGGCACGGACGACGCGGCUCCUCGUCGACGAGAUUGAGCGCGUGCUCGGCGUCAAGCGCAGCGGCUAGGGCCUCUGCGCUGAACGCUCUCUGCCAGGGUUUGCAUGGGAGCGCCGGGCGCGUGAAGCCGUGAGCGUUUAACACUUUGGUCGUCUCGGAGCGCCUAGCUAUUAGCACUUCUCGGGUCCGUUGG